GCCACUCUGGGAUCAAGUCAGAUGUCUAGAUCCCGAUGAUCCAUCCAAGCAAAGAUUCCUAACUUCUGUCCACAUUCCCAACUGUGAGCUUCCCCGCGUUACUGUCUUGCCCGAAAGACUCGUAAUGAACGAGGCGCAAUCCGCCGACCUCAUCUGCUCUGCAACUGGGGAUCCACCCGUCCAAGUCUUCUGGAACACCAGCUCACUCGUCUCGAACCACACACUCGGAGGCUUCGACCUCCUCGACAUGAUGAGCUUCUUGGGGGAGAACGACACCUACGAACCUUUUGAAAGUCUGGUAAAUGCCACCAACAGUACCGUUCAAAUAUUGAGCAUCUAUAGCGCCAACGGGGCAGAUAACGGACAAAUCUCUUGCAUUGCCGAAAACGAAAUAGGACAAGAUAUUGCGGAUAUCACCAUUGAGAUCAUUUCGUGCCCCAGAAUACAAGAUAUGAAAAUGGCGAAAAACUUUUAUUGGUGCAUCAAUUACCGGGUGACUGGAUAUCCCAAACCAAACAGGACGUGGUAUUUCAACGAUGAAAUACUGAAUAACCCUGAAAUCCAGGAUCUGGAAAAUAUUUGGACGAAGAAAAAUCCGUUUCUAGCUGAUGGUUGUCUGGAGUUGGUCCGAGCUUCUCAAGUAAACGAAGGUAUCUACACUCUUGUGGCAAUGAACCCUUACGGAAUGGACAAUUUUUCGAUUGAAGCAAAAUUUCACAAAGAGCAUGUUCCAAACACUCAUCCGACUUUCGUUCCAGUUGGGAGACCCCCUUAUUCGUCUGGGAAAAAAGAGUCGGAAAAAACAGAUAAAACACCGUUCCUGGUAUCUACCAUUGUAAUUGCAGUUGCCGUCUCGUUAUGCUUCAUUGUUGCGGUGGCGUGUUUCAUUCGCUGGUUGAAGAUUCGAAUGACUCCGGAGUUCCAAAAUCGCCGCCACUCUUUCACCUUCUUUUUCUGCAAGAAGAGGAGAAGAGAACGUUUCGUGCGAGAAAGAAUUCUGUUGAGCCCAUCCCAAAUGGUCGAAAAUGUGAACUAUACAAAAGAAAAAGCAGAUGGUAACGCAGGUAUUCAUCACAUAUCAGCCGAGAAGAUAAACUUUAUUCAAAGCCUGGGUGAAGGUGCUUUCGGCAGAGUCUUCCUCGCUACGGUAGAUUACCUGACCCCAGACGAACCAACCACCUUGGUAGCUGUGAAGACCCUAAAGGACAAGGACGUCCUGGACGCCAAAGAGGAUUUUGACAGAGAAGCGGAAUUGCUUGCCAAUUUACAACAUGAGAAUAUUAUCAAAUUUUACGGAGUUUCUACAGACGGAAAAUCCCUAAUGAUGGUUUUUGAAUACAUGGAAAACGGCGAUCUUAGUAACUUUUUAAGAGAAAGAACCCCUGACCAUAACAAUUACGUCACAAAGUAUCCGUCACUGUCCAUUUCCGACCUCAUCUUUAUUUCGUGCCAAAUAGCAGCUGGUGUUGAAUAUUUAGCGAGUCAGCAUUUCGUCCACAGAGAUUUGGCGACCAGAAAUUGCUUGGUUGGGGACGACCUUACAGUCAAGAUAGGAGACUUCGGCAUGUCUCGGGAUGUCUACAGUACUGAUUAUUACAGGGUAGGUCGUCACAAUAUGCUGCCAAUCCGGUGGAUGCCUCCGGAGAGCAUUUUGUACAGAAGAUUCACAGUAGAGUCCGACAUAUGGAGCUUCGGAGUGGUGCUAUGGGAAAUAUUUAGCUACGGAAAGCAACCGUGGUACGAGUACUCCAACCAUGAAGUAAUCCAACAUGUCACUGCACGGAAACUGCUGUCGAAACCGAGCUGUUGUCCGGACGAAAUCUAUGACGUCAUGAGAUCCUGCUGGGAGCACAAUCCGGAAGAAAGGUUGCCGAUGAGCGUUGUCCAUCAAAAGCUCGUUUGCCUCUGCCCCACCAGGACCAUAGAGUACCUCGAAGUGAUCGAUUGACAUAUGCUUAAAGGGCGU